UCAGCUGGUGCUGUUUUUUGACCAUAAAGGCUCGUGGUUGCUCUCUGUCCCUCCUGUCCCUUCCUUUACCUGGAUUUUGGCCAGCCCAGUGUACAGCCCGAGUGCUGUCUGUGAGGGUCAGAGCUGUCUGGUUUCCCACAUAAAUUGCUUUCGUGUGUUACACAACCGUGGUUUUCAAGCAGACAGAUUCUGCUCUGCGCCUGGCUGCAGUUUCAGGGUAGCUGUGGACAUCCAUUCUAUACGGGCUGGAAUGUAUCAAACCCCUUUGUCGACAUAAGAUAAAGCCACCAACCCAUCUAACAGGCAAGAAGACUGGGAAUACAUCAUUGGAUUCUGUGACCAGAUCAACAAAGAACUUGAAGGGCCACAGAUUGCUGUGAGACUCCUGGCUCAUAAAAUCCAGUCCCCACAGGAAUGGGAGGCAGUCCAAGCCUUGACAGUGCUGGAAGCUUGUAUGAAGAACUGUGGGAGAAGAUUUCAUAAUGAAGUUGGGAAGUUCCGCUUUUUAAACGAGUUAAUAAAAGUUGUGUCUCCAAAGUACCUGGGAGACCGAGUCUCAGAGAAGGUGAAGUCCAAAGUAAUUGAAUUGCUGUAUAGCUGGACAGUGGCACUGCCAGAGGAAUCCAAAAUCAAGGAUGCCUAUUACAUGCUGAAGAGACAAGGGAUUGUCAUGUUUGAUCCUGUGAUUCCUGCAGACAGAACCCUGAUUCCUUCUCCACCACCUCGUCCCAAAAACCCUGUGUUUGAUGAUGAGGAGAAAUCCAAGCUUCUAGCCAAACUGCUGAAAAGCAAAAACCCAGAUGAUUUACAAGAGGCCAACAAGCUUAUAAAAUCCAUGGUAAAAGAGGACGAGGCUCGGAUUCAGAAGGUGACGAAGCGCAUGCACACUCUGGAGGAGGUGAACAACAAUGUGAAGCUGCUGAAUGAGAUGUUGGUUCAUUACAGCAAAGAGGACUCAUCAGAGGCCGACAGGGAGCUCAUGAAGGAGCUCUACGAAAGGUGUGAAACCAAAAGGCGGACGCUGUUCAAGCUGGCCAGUGAGACAGAGGACAAUGACAGCAGUUUGGGGGAUAUUCUGCAGGCCAGUGACAAUUUAUCCCGUGUGAUAAAUUCCUAUAAAAAAAUAAUAGAGGGGCAGGUGAUCAAUGGUGAAGUGGAUCUGCCUGGGAUGUCUGUGGUGGAAGGGAGUAACUCCACAAACAAUCUCAACACCCUCAUCGACCUUGCUGGACUGGACGUCACCAGCACCCCACCACCUCCAAUGCCACCCACCACCCUGACUCCAGCCCCCAGCACAGCCCCAGCCCCAGCUGAAAUCCCCAUCCUCCCACCUCCUCCCCAGACGUUCGCGCCGCUGCGGAGCAGCUCCUCCAGCCAAGUGGAAGCGGCGCCCGCUCAGCAGGGCAGCACAGCCAACUCCCUCUCCUUGCUGGAUGAGGAGCUCCUGUGCUUGGGCCUGAAUGACCCAGCCCCUGCAGCAGGGAAGGACACCUCUGAAAACAACCAGUGGAGCAUGUUUGAGAAUGACCAGCUGGACCUGGAUUUCUUCAAUCCAAAGGCAGUGACUGUUGCUUGCAACCCUGCAGGGAACCCUCUUCUCCAUCACACACCACAGACCACGUGUGGGACAUCAGCCACGCUGCCUUCUGCUUUCCCAGCCUCCCAGACUGCUCCCAGCAUCCCAGCACCAAACUCAGCACCAUUUGUGUUCUCUGCUGGACCGGCUGCCCCUGCCGGGCCUCCCAAGACUAUUCCAGCUGCUCCCGGAUACUUCAGCUCAUCUGUGGGCAGCAAUAUGUCACAUAAGAUGGAUGCACUGGGACAACUCCUUGAUGAAGCCAAAGGGACUGCCACCCAAGGCAUGGCGACACCUUCAGUGUUCCCAGGGGUUACUGUCACCUCUGCCCCGUUAGCAGCACCCACAGGGCUGCCAGCCACUGCCCCUGGAGCCCCUCCAGCUCCCUUUCCAAGCAGCUGCACUGCUGGAUCAGGAAGUCCUCUCUUCCAGCCAGCAUCAUUCCAGCAGCAAGGCAGUCCCAUGAAAGCACCUGAAAUUUCUUUGGCCAAUGUCCACGUUCCCUUGGAAUCCAUUAAACCCAGCAGUGCCCUCCCAGUGACAGCCUACGACAAGAACGGGUUCCGGAUCCUCCUGCACUUUGCCAGGGAGUGCCCCCCGGGCCGGUCGGACGUGCUGGUCGUGGUGGUGUCGAUGCUGAACACGGCGCCGCUCCCCGUGAAGAACAUCGUGCUGCAGGCAGCUGUGCCCAAGUCCAUGAAAGUGAAGCUACAGCCACCCUCUGGCACUGAGCUGUCUCCGUUCAAUCCUAUCCAGCCACCUGCUGCCAUCACCCAGGUCAUGCUGCUGGCAAAUCCUGCAAAGGAGAAGGUGAGGCUGAGGUACAGACUGACCUUCACCCUGGGGGACCAGCCCAGCACUGAAGUGGGUGAAGUGGAUCAGUUUCCCCCGGUAGAGCAGUGGGGGAAUCUAUGACCUCAGGACACUGCCAGAGACUGUGACAGGACCAGGGCAGGAUCCCACAGGACUGGAACGGAUGUGCCGUGGGGAGGGACACACAUGCUAUCCACUGGUGAUGUUCAGCUUUGUUUACAUGUCCUGACCACUCUGCUUGUAGCUUUAGUCCAGAAUGUUGUGCCCCACCUUGAAGGGGCCCUGGAACAUUUAUGCCAAGCAUGAACUGAGCAGCAGCUGGUGACAGGCAGUGCUGGCUGCUUUUAUCAUGACCUCUGGGUGAAUCUGGUUCUAUCUUCCACUCUAUUAAACUUGAAGUUAUUGUAAUUUGAGGGGAGACCUGUCAGCAGAAGGGGAUUUAGUUGGGUUUGUUCCUGCACUGCUGUCUGGAGAUCCCGACGGGCUGGUGGGGCGAUGAUGCCGCCGUGAGCUCAGCGCAGAGCCCUGACACGAGCCCUCCCUCGGACUGUGACCAGCCCCGUGAGCAUGCCGAGCAAUAAUGCUGCUCCGUGAGGGAAUGCUUCUUUUUUACACUGAAAUGGCACUUAGCUCCCUCUCCCCACACUCCUGCUGCAUUCCCAAGGGCCUGUGUGUGUGCCACACUGCUGUACCUUUAUUGUUCUAUUUAUUUUAUACUGCUGGCUGCCGCCCCGUUGCCUCCCUUUCGGGCAGCUGGGGCUGAGUUUUUUGUCUGCAAAUGGUUACACUGGUUAUUUUUCUGCCUCUGUUGCAUUCCAUAGUGUGGGGAAAAGAGGAAAUGUGUAGUGAGAAGGUAAGAGGGCUGGAAAGUAUUGGUCAGUAUUACUGAGGGACAGCACCUGGAGCGCAGAACUGUCUUUACAAUCACUAGUGAAGGGCAGUGACUGAAUCCAGGGAUAAGGAGAGAUGCCUCUCGUGUCCCCUCAUGCAGGCAGUAUUAUUAAUGUAGUUGAAUACUCUGUUUUAUUGAGCUGAGUACAAUGACCUGCAAGAUGUAAAUAGAAGAGCUGUAGGGUAUCAAAAUAGAACAAGCAGGCAAAGAAAGGAAGAGGCUCCCCCGGGCUGUGACGGGGCAUGUGCUGGGUUAAUGCCCUGUUUUCUUUGUUCCCUGUAUUAAGUGGCAAAGUGCAAUUGUUCCCACAAAGGGGAAAGCAGUUUUGCUGGAUAUCAGUGUUCUGUGCUAUCAGGGCAGGAGAACUGACCCCUUAGCUUCAGUCUCCCAGAAACCAGGUUUAAAUCUCCAAAACUUGGUUCCUGUGGCUCCUUCCUUCUCCCUCUACUUCCAAUCUCAAGCAGUGCCUCAACGAGCUCUGAGACAGACUGUUGUAAAUGGAUGAGGGGUUUUAACACCCACUGACACAAGCACAGGCAGGUGCUUGGACAGUCCUUGGACUCCCAGCUCUGCACUUCCAGCAGUGCUGUCAAGCAACAGCUCUUCUCAAACUGGGAACAGGACCAGCACGGGGAAAAACAGUAAACAGGAGACUCCUGCUUCUGGUAGGAAAACUCCAGAGGAGAAGGUGCUGCUGGAAUGAAUGAUGGCUGUAAAAACCCAUUGCUGCAAACACAGUUUGGAGUUAUUUGUAGUUAUUUUUAGUGUGCUGCAGAGUCAAAUCCCUAGAGGUGAAAGGCCUGAGGACCUCAUCAGAGUAGAAACCCCUGAAGGUGGAAUCCAAGCUCAUGGAGAGCUCAGCCUUGUCAGCUCCCCGAUGUAGAAGGCAGGUGAGAGGGAUGGGUGUGUUGUUUGGAUCCUAAAGAAAGCAGUUCUAAAUCCAUGGACUGGGAUAAGGGACAAGGAGGGAAUUCUCUCUGCCUCAGGCAUGUUCUUGCCAGCACUUUAGACACAGCAGGCAUGGGGGCAGUGCUUGGGUCGGGGCAGUGUGUCCUGAGGAGCAGUUCCACUGCUUUCCCUGCCUGCACGUGGAUCUCACUGUGACCUGGAGGGAGGCAGGAGAGCGCAGGUGCUUCCUGCAGAACGGCUCCGUUCCGUUCCCAGUUAUGGCAGCGCAGCCAGACGGGAACGCGCCGUGGUGCUGCUGCCUGGAACACGCUGUGGAAAGCUUUGGAAAUUAAACCAUGAAUGUUCCUUGUGUGUAGGGCAAGGUUCCUGCUUCAUCCCCAACAGCCCUACCUGUACAUGCCUCUCCCCUGCGUUUGUGCUGCUGCAUGUUGAAUAAAUCAUUUUCCCUA